UAUGUUCACAUGGAGGAGGAGUUCUACCGUUACGGAGUCAAGAUGGAGUGGCUCAUGAUCCACCGCAUCCUCAACCACAGUGUGGAUAAGAGGAACAACGUGCACUACCUGAUCAAGUGGAGGGAUCUGGCCUACGACCAGGCCUCCUGGGAGAGUGAGGAGAUGGACAUCCCAGAGUACGACCAAUACAAGCAGACCUACUGGAACCACAGAGAGUUGAUGUUGGGAGAUGAGGGCAGGCCUGGUAAGAAGCUGAAGAAGAUAGCUAAAGUGAAGAAGAGUGAGAAACCCCCUGCUAACCCUGUGGUGGAUCCCACCAUCAAGUUUGACCAUCAGCCAGACUACCUGGACACUACAGGAGGAACGCUGCACCCCUACCAGCUGGAGGGUCUCAACUGGCUGCGUUUCUCCUGGGCUCAGGCCACUGACACUAUACUGGCUGAUGAGAUGGGUCUAGGCAAGACUGUCCAGACCGCUGUCUUCCUCUACUCACUCUACAAAGAGGGUCAUUCAAAGGGCCCGUUCCUGGUGAGCGCCCCCCUGUCCACCAUCAUUAACUGGGAGAGAGAGUUUGAGUUGUGGGCCCCAGACAUGUACGUGGUGACCUACGUAGGAGACAAGGACAGCAGAGCCGUCAUCAGAGAAAACGAGUUCUCCUUCGAGGGCAAUGCCAUCCGGGGGGGCAAGAAGGCCUCUAAGAUGAGGAAAGACUCAUCGGUAAAGUUCCAUGUCCUGCUGACGUCCUAUGAGCUGAUCACUAUAGACCAGGCUGUGCUGGGCUCCAUAGACUGGGCCUGUCUGGUGGUGGAUGAGGCACACAGGCUGAAGAACAACCAGUCAAAGUUCUUUAGGAUUCUGAAUAACUACCCUCUCCAGCACAAGCUGCUGCUGACUGGUACACCUCUACAGAACAACCUGGAGGAACUCUUCCACCUGCUCAACUUCCUCACCCCAGUGAGAUUCAAUAACCUAGAGGGGUUCCUGGAAGAGUUUGCUGACAUCGCCAAAGAAGACCAGAUCAAGAAGUUGCAUGACAUGCUGGGACCACACAUGCUCAGGAGACUGAAGGCUGACGUCUUCAAACACAUGCCCUCCAAGACAGAGCUCAUCCUACGAGUGGAGCUCAGCCCCAUGCAGAAGAAGUACUACAAGUUCAUCUUGACGCGUAACUUUGACGCCCUGAACACUCGUGGAGGAGGAAACCAAGUGUCCCUGCUCAACGUGGUCAUGGACCUCAAGAAGUGUUGCAACCACCCCUACCUCUUUCCCGGAGCCGCAAUGGAGGCGCCAAAGAUUCCAAACGGAAUGUAUGAGGGCAGUGCCCUAACAAGGGCUUCUGGGAAACUGACUCUGCUGCAAAAGAUGAUGGUUAAACUCAAGGAGGGAGGGCAUAGAGUGCUCGUCUUCUCUCAGAUGACUAAGAUGUUGGACCUGCUGGAGGACUUCCUGGAGAACGAGGGUUAUAAGUACGAGAGGAUUGAUGGAGGUGUAACGGGGGGCAUGAGACAGGAGGCCAUCGACCGCUUCAACGCUCCUGGCGCCCCUCAGUUUGCCUUCCUGCUCUCUACCAGAGCGGGAGGUUUGGGCAUCAAUCUGGCAACCGCCGACACCGUCGUCAUCUACGACUCCGACUGGAACCCCCACAACGACAUCCAGGCAUUCAGCAGAGCUCACAGGAUUGGUCAGAAUAAGAAGGUUAUGAUCUAUCGCUUCGUUACCAAGGCGUCUGUGGAAGAGCGGAUCACUCAGGUGGCUAAGAAGAAGAUGAUGUUGACCCACCUGGUGGUGCGUCCUGGGCUGGGCAGUAAGACAGGUUCCAUGUCUAAACAGGAGCUGGAUGACAUCCUCAAGUUUGGAACAGAGGAGCUGUUCAAGGACGAGCUGGGAGAGGGGGACAACAAGGAGGAUGACAGCCAGGUCAUCCAUUAUGAUGACAAGGCCAUAGACAGACUGCUGGACAGGAACCAGGAGUCAGAGUCCACUGAGGACACAGAGAUCCAGAGCAUGAACGAGUACCUCAGCUCCUUCAAAGUGGCCCAAUACGUCGUCAAGGACGAGGAGGAGGAGGAGGAGGAGGUGCAGCGUGAGGUGAUUAAACAGGAGGAGUCAGUAGACCCAGACUACUGGGAGAAACUGCUGAGACACCACUAUGAGCAGCAGCAGGAGGACCUGGCCCGUAACCUGGGAAAGGGCAAGAGGACCCGCAAGCCUGUCAACUACAACGACGGCUCUCAGGAGGAACGAGGUAGUAGACGGGAUUGGCAGGAGGAUCAGUCUGACAACAACUCAGAUUACUCUGUGGCCUCAGAGGAGGGAGAUGAGGACUUUGAUGAGCGAUCAGAAGCCAACACCCGCAGGCCAAGCCGCAAGGGGCUGAGGAACGAAAGGGACAAACCACUGCCCCCCCUGUUGGCCAGAGUGGGAGGCAACAUUGAGGUGUUGGGCUUCAAUGCGCGCCAGAGAAAGGCUUUCCUGAAUGCAGUGAUGCGCUAUGGGAUGCCUCCUCAGGAUGCCUUCACCACCCAGUGGCUGGUCAGAGACCUCAGGGGGAAGUCUGAGAAAGAGUUCAAGGCGUAUGUCUCUCUCUUCAUGCGUCAUCUCUGUGAGCCGGGGGCUGACGGAGCAGAGACCUUCGCUGACGGGGUUCCACGCGAGGGGUUGUCACGACAACACGUCCUUACACGCAUCGGCGUGAUGUCAUUGAUCAGGAAGAAAGUGCAGGAGUUUGAGCAUGUGAACGGCCAGUGGUCCAUGCCCUGGAUGAUGGAGCUGGAGGAGAACAGGAGGCUGGCAGCCAUCGCUGCUGGAGAGGAUGUCAAAACACCUUCUACUGGAACCCCUGACACACAGCCCAACACCCCCGCCCCAGAGGACCUCACUAAGUCUGAAGACACUGGCAAGGAGACAGAGGUAAAGAAGGAGGGAGAGGCAGAAAAGGACGGCAGGGUGCACAGCAAGACAGAAGACCCAGAGAUUAUUGAAAUCCCUGACGAGAUGGAAAAACGCUCUGAAAGGAAAGAGGCAGAGGGAGAGUCCUCCACCACAGAGAAUGACAAAGAAAAGAACAAAGACACAGAAGAGAAGGAGGAUAAAGAGACUGAAGAGAAGGAAACCAAGGAAACCCAAAAGGAGACUGCAGACAAGGAGAACGAUUCCCCCACUGAGGUCAAAGGUGAAGGGUCAGAGGCCACAGCAAUGUCAGAGGAGGCCAAGCCUAAAGUGGAGGAGAGCAAAGAGGAGAAGAUGGACACCAGUCCUCUUGUAGAGGACAAGAAAGAGCAAAAAGAGGAGAAAGAUGGUUUGAAGACCGAGGAGUCUGGCAAGCUGCAGAAUGGAGAGAACAGUAAAGAAGGAGUGGCAGCAGCAGUGGUGAAUGUGAGUGAGGAGAAGAAGAAGGCUACCAAGCAGAGGUUCAUGUUCAACAUCGCAGACGGAGGAUUCACAGAGCUCCACUCUCUGUGGCAGAACGAGGAGAGGGCGGCGACCGUCACCAAGAAGACAUUUGAGAUCUGGCAUCGUCGCCAUGACUACUGGCUGCUGGCUGGCAUCAUACAUUGUUGGAGCAGGCGUUGGUGAUUGAGGAGCAGCUUCGCAGGGCAGCCUACCUGAACAUGUCUGAGGACCCGGCCCACCCCUCCAUGGCCCUCAACACCCGCUUCAGUGAGGUGGAGUGUCUGGCUGAGUCCCACCAACACCUCAGCAAGGAGUCCAUGUCAGGGAACAAGCCUGCUAACGCAGUACUGCACAAAGUUCUCAAACAGCUUGAGGAGCUUCUGAGUGACAUGAAGGCCGACGUCACCCGUCUCCCAGCAACCAUCGCCCGUAUACCACCCGUCGCCGUGAGGCUGCAGAUGUCGGAGAGGAACAUCCUCAGCCGAUUGGCCAGCCGCGGGUCCGACGUCACAGGGCAGAGCCAAUCACAGACCACGCAGCAGAUGCAGGUGCCACGCUGACCAAUUCCGCCAGUCCUCCCCAAGGCGUUCUCCCAUCCGUGUUUUGGAAUCGGAGAGUGACCCUCAUCUCACCCCCACUCUGCACCUCUUCUGUCCCCAAACCAAAACUCACACUCUGGACAGUAGAGUAAGGUCUCUACCCACCAACACAUCUUCUCUGGACACAGCAGACGACAAAUGUUCUGCUUCCUCUUCACCCAAAGACACCUGGAGGAACACAGUCUCUGUUCUCCACUGGGAACACCUUCUCUACAGUAUCUACCUAAUGAACUGCAGCACUGUGUCUGUCUGUUAUGUGUCUAACUUUCACAGAGGUUGUUUUCACUGUAUCUUUCCCCAAGCCUGUCUCUAAAAUAGACAGCGGUGUACCUGGCUCUGUCCCAUAGGAUUAGAAUGGGUCAAAUGGACUUUUCCACUCCAAGUAAAGGUUCUAUAAUAUGUGGACUCGUUGUUCUAUGGGUGUGCAGAAUUAAAUUCGAUAUGCAACAUGUACAAUUCAAUUCAGUAAAUAUGAAAUCAUGUGGAAUUUAGAACUAUGUCUGUUCUGCCCAUUCCAUUUCUGGGUGUGUACCUCUUCUCAGUGUGUGUGUGUGUGUGUGUGAGUGUGUGUGUGUCUGUUUGUCUGUAGGUGGGCACACUGCUCUAUACUUCCCACAGAGAGACUGUUAAUAACUAUCAACUGAUGAGGAUGCUUUAGUAGAAUAAUAUUGGUUCUGUGUUACACUCCUGCCCCUCCCCCUCUUCACUGCUCCCUUCACCUGUACACUCAGGUGGUCCAUAACACUAGCCUGUUAUUGGCUCUCCCCGCUCCUCGGCCACGCCCCGUCCUGCAGCUCUACAUUCCUGAACGAUUGCAUCACAAAUGUUCCCGGAGGCCUCGCCCCCUUUUUGCCCAAAUAAGGACAUGCAAUAGCUCCACUAGUGUAGACACACGGGGCUGCAUUGAGAAUGAUGGCAAUCUCUAAAUUAAUUAAAUGUCUUAGUCUAAUAUUUUGUUCUUUUACAUUUUGGAAUAUUAUUAUGGUUACCAGCUUGUUGUUUUUAUCGUUACAGUUUCUUCUGAGAACUCCAAUAAAAAGGGUAACAGUUUGUGA